CUCACACAGUGACGUAUUUAUCAAGCGACAGAAAAAUAAAAAACACUUAUUUCAUUAUUGCUCCAAUAACAGGGUGAUAUUCUGUAAUAUUUCAAUUUAGAUUUAGCCAUAAUGGCGUUAGAAACUGUUCCUAAGGACCUUCGACAUCUUCGAGCUUGUCUUCUUUGUUCUUUAGUGAAGACCAUUGACCAGUUUGAGUACGACGGUUGUGACAACUGUGAGUCGUACCUUCAGAUGAAGAACAACAGAGAGAUGGUUUAUGAAUGCACCAGCUCCUCAUUUGAUGGUGUGAUUGCCAUGAUGAGUCCUGAGGACAGCUGGGUGGCCAAGUGGCAGAGGAUAGGAAACUUCAAACCAGGUGUUUACGCCGUGUCAGUAACAGGACGACUACCGCCAGGUGUGGUCCGAGAGCUGAAGAGCCGGGGGGUGAUCUACAAAUCCAGAGACACGGCAGUGAAAACCUAGACCUGAACCCUCUGAUUGAUGGGAAACUCUUUGGUUCUUUUUGUCUUUUUAAGUUUUUGUAAAUGUUGUGAUUUUUAGAGGAUGAAAAGUGGACGUUUGCUUUCAUUUACAUGAAUAAUUGACCAAAAUAAAGUCAGUUUUUAUAAUUUAUAAG